UUCAUACGCUCCAUUCAAAUUUCAAAUCUCAAACGGUAAUCUCUCUAAACCCACUUUCAAAAUUCCCGAUCCCUCUCAAACCCUAGGAACAUUUUCUUCCUGCAAUCCUUCUCAUUUCGUCGAUCGCUAAUCGCCGGCGGAGUCUUUUACUAACCGUGAAAGAUGCCGUUGAUUUCCGGAAAUUUGGAACAGGCGAUGAGCGCCGUCAAGUCCCGGUUCGGGUAUCAUCGAAGCCAGCAAUCAGAGGCGCCGGAGUCGGCAAUGAAGCCGGCGAAGAGCUGCAGCUCUCCAGAUCUGUUGCUGAAAUCAGCUGCAAGGGACGACGUGUUCUUGACGUCUUCUCACAGGACGUCUAAACACGACGAUGAGGAGGCGACAUCAAAUGGUUGUGCUCGAAGCUUCGAGUUCCGGGAAGAUCCGUCCUUUUGGAAGGAUCACAAUGUUCAGGUUAUAAUUCGUAUACGCCCUUUGAGUAGUUCUGAAAUAUCAACUCAAGGAAAUCAAAGAUGUGUCAAACAAGAUAGUUCUCAGUCUGUGGCAUGGACAGGCCACCCCGAAUCGAGGUUUACUUUUGACCUAGUGGCGGAUGAGACUGUUAGCCAGGAAAUGCUAUUUAGAGUUACUGGGGUGCCAAUGGUGGAGAAUUGCGUCGAAGGAUAUAACAGUUGCAUGUUUGCAUAUGGUCAAACAGGAAGUGGUAAAACUCACACAAUGCUUGGAGACAUUGAGGGAGGUGCAAGGCGGCAUAAUGCUAAUUGUGGGAUGACACCUAGAGUUUUUGAGUACUUAUUCUCUAGAAUUCAGAAGGAAAGAGAUGCUCGCAGCGAGGAAAAGUUGAAAUUCACUUGUAGAUGUUCUUUCUUAGAAAUCUACAAUGAACAGAUUUUUGACCUUUUGGAUCCUUCAUCUAGUAAUUUGCAGAUCAGAGAAGAUAGUAAGAAAGGAGUUUAUGUUGAGAAUCUCACUGAGGUAGAAGUCAUGAGUGCUCGAGAUGUUAUCCAACAACUAAUUCAGGGUGCAGCCAAUAGAAAGGUAGCAGCAACGAACAUGAAUCGUGCUAGUAGUCGUUCCCACAGUGUAUUCACAUGCGUUAUCGAGAGUAAGUGGGAAUCCCAAGGUGUAACUCGUCAUCGUUUUGCACGCCUUAAUCUUGUGGAUUUAGCAGGUUCAGAAAGGCAAAAGAGCUCAGGAGCAGAAGGUGAACGACUGAAAGAAGCUACUAACAUUAACAAGUCCCUUUCCACGUUAGGACUUGUGAUAAUGAAUCUUGUGAACAUAUCAAAUGGGAAGUCACUCCAUGUUCCAUACAGAGAUUCAAAGCUCACAUUUUUGCUUCAGGAUUCAUUGGGAGGAAAUGCCAAAACCAUUAUUAUUGCAAACAUUAGUCCCUCUAGUUGUUGCUCAGUGGAGACUUUGGGCACAUUAAAAUUUGCCCAACGUGCUAAAUAUAUAAAAAACCAUGCUAUUAUUAAUGAAGAUGCUUCUGGAGAUGUGCUGGCGUUGAGGCUCGAGAAUCAAAAUCUCAGAAAAGAAGUAUCUCGUUUGCGGAGUCUGGUCAAUGGAGGAGGUGAAAAUCAGGACAGUGAUAUUAUGUCACUAGGCUUUCAUGGAUCUCCUGGAACCUUCAAAUGGGAUGGACUGCAUGGCCUCUCCAGCCCCCUUGCAUCUGCGAAAAAGACAUCACGCAAAAAAGAAUAUGAGGUUGCCCUUGUAGGAGCAUUUCGGAGGGAAAAGGAUAAGGAUAUUGAGAUACAGGCAUUGCAAGCAGAGACUCAGGCUGCUGUGCAACUGGCUAAACAAAGAGAAGAUGAAAACCAAAGCUUGAAGCUUCGCUUAAGGUUUCGCGAAGCAGAAAUCAAAAGGCUAGAAGCUGUUGCUUCUGGAAAGAUCUCUGCUGAGGAACACUUGCUAAAGGAAAAAGAGGAGCUCUUAAAGGAAAUUGAAGUGCUACGUAAUCAGGUAGGCCGUAAUCAGGAGGCAACAAGAUUUGCAUUGGAGAAUUUGCGACUGAACGAAGAGAUUAGAAGGCUGAAGUCCUUUUGUGAGGAAGGUGAACGCGAAAGCAUACUUCAGCAGAUAACAAUCUUAAAAAAUGAGUUGUUGGAAGCUCUUGAUUGGAAACUCAUGCAUGAAUCUGAGCCGGCGAACAUUCAGAAAGAAGUCCCUAACACUGUGAUGGAUCUUCAGAGUGAUGACAAUUUGCUGAAUUCAGAUCAGUUCUUGGGGAUGGAAUCUGCAUCGCCCUGGCGCACAAGAAUGAAUGAGGAGAAUGAAUUCCUCCGAAUUCAGGCGAUUCAAAAUCAAUCGGAGAUUGAUUUGCUUCGAAAGAAACUCGACUUCUGUACUGAAGAGAAGGAACAUUUGGAAAGGCAAAUAAACGAGUUGGCGAACGAGCUCAAUGCAGAGAGAUUAGCCAAACAGAACCAUGGACUCAUUGAUCUUCCUUUGGUGUCGAGCGAUCAGACUGAGAUUAAAACGAUGGUGGAUGCCAUUGCCGCCGUGAGCGAAAGAGAAGCCGAAGCUCAUGAAAGAGUGGUUUCUAUGUCAAAAGAGACUGAUGAAUUAAGGAGUAAGCUGAAGGUGUCGAUCGAGGAGAAAAAUAAGCUGAUCGAUUUGUAUGAAAGGGCUGUUGCAGAAAACAAGGGAAAGAGCGACGAUGUAGCCGCAGACGAACAGGCGGAAGUUGAGAGCCUUAAGCACCACCUGUCGGAAAUGCACGAAGAAAAUGACAGGCUCUUGAGUCUAUACGAGAAGGCGAUGCAAGAGAGAGACGAACUGAAACGAGUAAUUGAAGUCGUAAAAAACGACACGACGGAAGCGAUCGCAGACGACGUGAUGGAGUUAGACGAGUUGCACGAACCCGAUAGACGAGAAGGCGACGAGAGGAGCAGAAACUCAUUUGGUACGAUGCCGAUGAAUCUUGCGGAAAGUUUGAAUCAAUUACGAGAGAAGCUCGUCGAAGCGAAGGAAAAGCUUAUGUCUUCUACGAAAACAUUCGACACAUUUCGAGCUAUCGAGAAUGCGAUCGUCGAUGUCGAAGCUCUUACGGAAAAAAUCAGGAAACUCGAAGCCGGAAUUCGGGAAAAACGCGACAACUUGGCGUAUCUCAAAUCUCUCUCGUCGGAGCGGCAGGCGGAAAAAGAUCUCGCAAACAACAAACUAUUGGCGUUACGACAAUCCUUGAAAAGCUUUUCUUCGUCGUUGUGUUACUUCGAGCAGCGGGAAGCGAUCGCGCGCUCGAAACUCGCUGCAUGUUCGAAGAACGUAAGCGAAAGGAGAGACGAGCUGUCGCGACUCCGCAUAUCAAAGAAGGAAGCGAUGGAUGCGUUGUCGAAGCUGCAUGCGACGGAAACGGAACUGAGGAAUAAUAUGGAGAAGUUGAAGGUGAAAUCGGACGAGGCGAGUCGAAGAGUCGAGAGCGACAAGGUACUCUUCGCGAUAGAAAACGUCGAAAAAUGGCAGAUGAGCGGGAAAGCGACGGAGCUGCUUAGGUUCGAGGAGGAUAAGACGAAGCUGCGGAGCGAAAUGAAAGUGACGAUGGAAAAGCUCGGCGGAGCGAGGAUGGAGGCCGAAGCGUUGGGUACAAAAUUGAGUAAAAUUGAGAAGCGGGUGACGAUCGUCGAGAAUGAGAUCGCGGCGGCAGAGGAGAUGGAGCGGAAGCUCGAAACCGCGAUUCGGGAGAAGGAGACGGUGAUGGAAAUGAGGGAGGACGGGGUACGGGAGUUCGGGGAGAUGACGGUGGAGUAUUACGAGCGGUUGUUGGAGGCGGCGGCGAGCGAGGAGGGGGCGGGAGCGGCGGCGGCAGAGGUGGCCGGAGAGUGGAGGAAGGUGGAGGAGCUGUGGAGGGAGAAGGAGGAAGGUGUGAGGAGGAUGGAGGAGGUGAGGAAGAUGAUGAUGAUGGAAGAUGGUGAAAAAUCAGGUAAUAUAAUGAUAAUGAGUGUUGAAGAAUGCAUUGGUUAUAUGCAAGUUUGUGUCGAACAAAUUGACAACUUUGUUUCAGAGUUUUAGUUUUGGGUUUCUUUAGCUGUUCAUCAAUGGAUGAAUGGAUAUGGAAUCUUAUUGCAUUCAUUGUUUUUUUAAUUUAAUUUUAGAUUAUGUUUUUUUGA